AACCUGAAAAUUUUCAUACAUGAAAUAUGACAUAAAGUUAAUGCUUGCGUUAUUUGUAGAAAAUUACUUAAUUAAUAGAUUGACACUAACGAAUUAUGUCUGCAGCAACAACACAAUGCAGAAUCAAACUAAUCCAGGUUUUUCAAUCAAGUUUAUUAUAUCCGAUGGUUCCAAUAUAUUAAUCAAUCAACAACAUGUUAGGCAUAGACGAACAAAGCAUGUCAACCCUAAGUUUAAAAAGCUGCGUGCACAAAAAGUUAUUAAAGUUGACUUGCCAAAUUUCAAUGAAGACAAUGAAAAUUUGAGUAUUGAAGAAAUGCGAUCUAAAAUGAAGGAAAUGGGUGUUUUACCUGUCAGACCUUGGAUGGAACGGGCAUUCUUCAUCAGCAGUACUGGAGGUGUAUUUGAACCCUAUGUACCUCCUGAAGGAGAUGGUAAAAUGUCUGCCAUUAGCAAAACAGGAGCCAAACAAAAACUAGAAUUUCUUGAGAAAAAAUCAAAAUCUAUGAUGGCUGUACGUAAAAUACGUAACUUUGAUGAAGAUUUUGAGCCUCCAGAAUUUUCAAAACUUGCUCAAGAUGUCUACAUUAAGGUCCACGAAUAUAUGUGCGCAAAGGCUAAAGAUAAAUUACCAGAAGUUGUAACAGAAAGAGCAUAUAAUGAAGUUCUUAAUAAUAUUUCUGAUAAAACUAUACAUUGGAAGUUUUUGAAGUCCUUAGAACCACCUAGGGUUGUUCAUGCUCGUUGCACUGAUAUGAUUACGAAAGACAACAUCUUUGCUCAAGUUACAGUUAGAUUCCACACUGAACAGAUUUUAGCUAUUUAUGACCGCUUUGGGCGUUUAAUGCAUGGAAGUGAAAUACUAAGUAAAGAUGUUUUGGAGUAUGUUGUUUUCGAGAAACAUUUAUCCAAUGAAUAUGGUAUUUGGAGAGUACAUGAUAAAAUCAUCCCAGAUUGGAUGCCACCCAAAGAACCAUCCGCAAAAAGUUACAGAGUUAAAAAUGAACCUCAAAAGGAAACUGAGGAGCUUAAUCCAGAAGAAGAAGUUUCGGUCCUGCCAAGUGAAGGUCCACAAGGAGAACAAAAAUUAGUCACUGCAACAUAGUAACAUAAUUUACAAUGUAGAUAUGAAUUUUGUUAUAGAUAUUG